CGUGAUAUCAUGAUAAAUAUUAUGAUUUAAAAUAAGGUGGCAUUGUUUAUAAUUUUCAGUGUCAUCCAACCUGGACGGUGCCGUGUGGUUCACGGAGCAACCAUCUGCAGCUUCGUCCAGAAGUCUGUGGACUUUGUCGUCUUCCAGUAAUGACAAUGACAGAAACAGAAUGUCGCCGUCCGACGACCAAACUGUGAUCCAAACUGUGAUCCUACUACCCGAACAGCAACUGUAUCCGUCAUUAGACAACAAAGGUAAGUGCUUACACUCGUCCCAACCAUCACUGACCGAUAAACACAUAAUCACUUAUCGAUCGUCAGAUAACUUUUUACGGUUUUCUUCACCGUCAUCCUACAAUAAAUUGAGAGAUCCGACGUCGUCACCGAAUGCUAUGGGUUUGUCCGAGUUUCGUCCUUCGAAAUUUGAAGAAGUCUCGAUGAUACUGUUUGACGAUAAAGGCGAAAUGCACACAAACUACUACCCCCCCGUCGACAUGGCAACAAUAAACACUGUCAGAAAACCGAUGACGUCGAUGAGAGCCACCGAUAUUGACCCAAAUGAUCGAUAG